AAGGUCCGCCCUCUUUCUGGAGGAGGAGCUCAGAGCGUAGGGAGGGGGCGGACCCUUGCUCCUCCGGCGCUUGGGCCAGAGUGGUGCGGGCGGCGCGUGGCGGCGACCCCCACGUGGUGGCUUUCUUACGCUAGCCCUCUUUGGUCCUCCUUAACGUCCCGGGCCUGUGGGCCCGCUUCCUGCCGAGAUGCCGAAGAUCAAGUCAGGGGCCAUCGGCCGCCGCCGCGGGCGGCAGGAGCAGCGCCGGGAGCUGAAGAGCGCUGGAGGACUCAUGUUCAACACGGGGAUUGGGCAGCACAUUUUGAAAAAUCCUCUCAUUAUUAACAGCAUUAUCGAUAAGGCUGCCUUAAGACCAACUGAUGUAGUGCUGGAAGUUGGACCUGGAACUGGCAACAUGACUGUAAAGUUGUUAGAAAAGGCAAAAAAGGUUGUUGCUUGUGAACUUGACCCAAGGCUAGUAGCUGAACUUCACAAAAGAGUUCAGGGCACGCCUGUGGCCAGCAAACUUCAAGUACUGGUGGGUGAUGUGUUGAAAACAGAUUUGCCAUUCUUUGAUACUUGUGUGGCAAAUUUGCCUUAUCAGAUCUCUUCGCCUUUUGUCUUCAAGCUGUUGCUACAUCGACCUUUUUUCAGGUGUGCUAUACUUAUGUUUCAAAGAGAAUUUGCCCUCCGACUGGUUGCAAAACCUGGAGAUAAGUUAUACUGCAGACUCUCAAUUAAUACACAGCUGUUGGCACGUGUGGACCAUCUAAUGAAAGUUGGAAAGAAUAACUUCAGACCACCUCCCAAGGUGGAAUCCAGUGUUGUAAGGAUAGAACCUAAGAAUCCACCACCACCCAUCAAUUUUCAGGAAUGGGAUGGUCUAGUAAGGAUAACCUUUGUUAGGAAAAACAAGACACUCUCUGCUGCAUUUAAAUCAAGUGCAGUGCAACAACUCUUGGAAAAAAACUACAGAAUUCACUGUUCAGUCCAUAAUAUUAUAAUACCAGAAGAUUUCAGCAUAGCAGAUAAAAUACAGCAAAUCCUAACCAGCACAGGUUUUAGUGACAAACGGGCCCGCUCCAUGGACAUAGAUGACUUCAUCAGAUUGCUACAUGGAUUCAACGCAGAAGGUAUUCAUUUUUCCUAGGUAUUUGGAAAACAGAAAUUUUCAAGGUCAAGAAAAGAAAUGAAUUUUGUAUUUUUUGUAUUUGAGAAGAUAAUGCUUUUGCUUUACUGAGACAUUAUUUACUUGACUAUUUUUGGUUCAAUACUACUACUGUUGUCACCAUUUAUGAUUCUGAAUUUUAAAGUUGGAAAGUUCUAAGUAUCAAAGUUUUUAAUAUAUAUUGCUGGUCCAGUCUAUUCAUAAUAAUCUUCAAGUUCAGGAGCCGCAGAGACGCACAACUGUACACUUAACUUAUCAUUUCUAACAGUUUAUUGUAUAAAGAUGUUACUCUUCUAUUUACUGUUAUAUACUGUGAGGCCUUCUUUAGGCCUUUAGCUCUGUUCCUCCAGUAAUAAAAAAGUUAAAAUAUGCUUCACUAGUCACACAUUCCCCAUACCAUUUCGUGUUAUUCACAUUCCCCGUACCAUUUCUUGUUAUUCACAUGUACAGUAAAACAAUUGUUUCUUAAAUUAU